CAAAGCCGGGGCCGGGCGCGAGCGGUGUCCCUGCUGUCCACUCCUUGUGCGCAGACCCUAGGGCCCGGCCCCGGUCCCACCGAGCCAUGCUGUGCGGCCACUGGAGGACGUGCCGCCGCCCACCCGAGGAGCCCCCGGUGUCCACCCAGAUCGCAGCGCCCCUCGCACUCCCGCCCUCGCCCGCGUCCCCGGACGGCGGCACCAAGAGGCCUGGGCUUCGUGCACUGAAGAAGAUGGGCCUGACGGAGGAUGAGGACGUCCUGGCCAUGCUGCGGGGCUCCCGGCUCCGCAAGAUCCGCUCGCGCACUUGGCACCAGGAGCGGCUGUACCGGCUGCAGGAGGACGGCCUGAGCGUGUGGUUCCAGCGGCGCAUCCCGCGCGCGCCGUCGCAGCACAUCUUCUUCGUGCAGCAUAUCGAGGCGGUUCGCGAGGGCCACCAGUCCGAGGGCCUGCGACGCUUCGGGGGCGCGUUCGCGCCUGCGCGCUGCCUCACCAUCGCCUUCAAGGGCCGCCGCAAAAACCUGGACCUGGCGGCGCCCACGGCCGAGGAGGCGCAGCGCUGGGUGCGCGGCCUGGCCAAGCUGCGGGCACGCCUCGACGCCAUGAGCCAGCGCGAGCGCCUCGACCACUGGAUCCACUCCUAUCUGCACCGGGCAGACUCGAACCAGGACAGUAAGAUGAGCUUCAAGGAGAUCAAGAGCCUGCUCAGGAUGGUCAACGUGGACAUGAAUGACAUGUAUGCCUACCACCUCUUCAAGGAGUGUGACCACUCCAACAACGAGCGGCUGGAGGGGACCGAGAUCGAGGAGUUCCUGCGGAGGCUGCUGAAACGCCCUGAAUUGGAGGAGAUCUUCCAUCGCUACUCGGGUGAGGACCGUGUGCUGAGUGCCCCCGAGCUGCUGGAGUUCCUGGAGGACCAGGGCGAGGAUGGCGCCACCUUGACCCAUGCCCAGCAGCUCAUUCAGGCCUAUGAGCUCAAUGAGACAGCCAAGCAACAUGAACUGAUGACACUGGAUGGAUUCAUGAUGUACCUGUUAUCACCUGAGGGGGCUGCCCUGGACAUGGCACACACUUGUGUAUUCCAGGACAUGAGCCAGCCCCUCACUCACUACUUCAUCUCCUCCUCUCACAAUACCUAUCUGACUGACUCUCAGAUCGGGGGACCCAGCAGCACUGAAGCCUAUGUUAGAGCCUUUGCUCAAGGAUGUCGCUGUGUGGAGCUGGACUGCUGGGAGGGGCCAGGAGGGGAGCCUGUUAUUUACCAUGGCCACACGCUAACCUCCAAGAUCCUCUUCCGAGACGUGGUCCAAGCUGUGCGGGACCACGCAUUCACGUUGUCCCCUUACCCUGUCAUCUUGUCCCUUGAGAACCACUGUGGGCUGGAGCAGCAGGCUGCCAUGGCCCGCCACCUUCGAACCAUCCUGGGAGACAUGCUGGUGACACAGGCACUGGAUCCCCAGAGCCCUGAGGAGUUGCCGUCUCCGGAGCAGCUGAAAGGCCGGGUCCUGGUGAAGGGGAAGAAGUUACCAGCUGCUCGGAAUGAGGAUGGCCGAAUUUUAUCAGACAGGGAGGAAGAGGAGGAAGAGGAAGAGGAAGAAGAGACUGUGGAGGCUGCAGAGCAGAGACGGCAGGCCAAGCAGAUCUCCCCGGAACUGUCCGCUCUGGCCGUGUACUGCUGUGCGACCCGCCUGCGGACGCUGCGCCCUGGCCCUGGCCCCCCACAUCCCUGCCAGGUCAGCUCCCUCAGUGAGCGAAAGGCCAAGAAGCUCACCAGGGAGGCAGGGAACAGUUUUGUUAGGCAUAAUGCUCGCCAACUGACCCGUGUGUACCCACUGGGGCUGCGGAUGAACUCAGCCAACUAUAACCCUCAGGAGAUGUGGAACUCCGGCUGUCAGCUGGUGGCCCUAAACUUCCAGACCCCAGGCUACGAGAUGGACCUUAAUUCUGGGCGCUUCCUCGUCAAUGGGCAGUGCGGUUAUGUCCUGAAACCUGCCUGCCUGCGGCAACCUGACACAACUUUUGAUCCCGAGUGCCCUGGACCUUCCAGAACUACUCUGACAGUCCAGGUACUGACUGCCCAGCAGCUACCCAAGCUGAAUGCUGAGAAGCCCAGCUCCAUUGUGGACCCCCUGGUACGUGUGGAGAUCCAUGGAGUGUCCGCAGACUGUGCUCGAAAGGAGACUGACUACGUACUCAACAAUGGUUUCAACCCCCAUUGGGGGCAGACCCUGCAGUUCCAGCUGAGAGCCCCAGAGCUGGUGCUGGUCCGGUUCGUGGUAGAAGAUUAUGAUAGCACCUCUCCCAAUGACUUUGUGGGCCAGUUUACACUGCCUUUCAACAGUUUAAAGCAAGGGUACCGUCACAUCCACCUGCUUUCCAAGGACGGGGCCUCGCUGUCUCCAGCCACACUGUUCGUCCACAUCAGCAUCCAGCACUCUUCAGGGCCUGACUGACCUACCAGGGUCCUGCAGGUGCCAGUCAGCACUGCUGCACAGAGCCCUGUUCUCUGCAGUGAGGGAUCUGGGAGUAACAGCCCCUCAAGCCCACUUAUCCCACUUGCCAGGUGCUGGCCUCUCCUGGGUGCUGAGGGUUGCUGGGUUCCUCCUGAAGGACUAGCCUGUGAUCUGUGCUCUGUCGACCUGAUCACUUGACUUUAAUGGACUCUACCCCUGGGGUUUUGAAAUGGCCCAGCUCCCCUGGUCUCAGCCACCCCUUCUUGGUGGCUUCUGAAGAUCCAGGCCUGCUGCUGCUAGACUUGGGUAACAGAACGCCUGCGAACCCUCAGCCCCCUAGCAGUACCAUCCUAGCCUGUCCCCCACAAGGGGAUGUCUCCAUCCUGGGCAUUAUCUAGCCCCUCAGCCCUCCUCCCCUGCUGCUCUUGAACGUGAGCUCCCCCUCCUUUCCCCUCCCUUUCUGAAAGCAAGAAGGGAGAAUAAGGGAACACCGAAGCAGUGCCCUAGGGAACUCUACAUUAGGUUUGUAAUUUGUGUCAUAGAAGAGCCCUGAAGAGGGCAGUAGAAGGGUAUCUAUUUUUAAAAAUAAAGAAGCAAAUUUACUUUAUCACCCCCAGCGAGAGCACCUCUA